AUGGAUAACUCGUGCUACAUUCCGAUCCCUCCGGAAAACGGAGGAAGCAGCGCGCGUGGUGCCACAGCGCAGCGUAGCGGGCAAGGAGUUCCACACGACACGCAUCACCUUCACCCUGCAGAUCGCGCCCACAUAACGUGGCCAGCUUGUGGUCAGGCGGAUGACGGUGUUGCUGGUGUCCCUGCCUCUUCUUUCCCGUCUCGUGUAUCAUCCAACAGCAUUGUUCGUUCGCACUACUCGUACUUUGCGAGUUCGCCGCGCCGGAUGUCUCUGCAGGAGACAGUUGCCACGCGAGGGAGACGCGGCAAGCGCGCGGGUCGAUAUUCAGCCGUUGUCCGCCUAGAUUCCGCGCACACGCAGGUUCAACCCGAAGCGUCUGCUCGGCGUGCGGGCAGCGAGGCGAAUGCAAACGCCGCCUGGUCACCGGAAAGGGACGUGGCUUGGGAUCGGCAAGCGCCCGAGGCAAGUGCUGCUGCAGACUACUCUGGCGAUGCUCGUGAAGCAGACGCGCGACCAACUGUAGAUGUUUCUCUCUGCGAGCGAGUCGCCUGCAGGGCUCUCUCCCUUGUCGAGCAGGCCCACUUGAUCGUGAUGGGGGUCCUUAUCGCGGUACUGGACAACAUGCCGUACUCGACUCUUCUAUUUCCCGCCAGUCAUGCGCAGUUCGUGUCGCUGGGCGCGUCCGCCAUUUUGACGACUACCGCUGUCAGUCAGAUAGCCAUGGCGCUGUUCUCCGCGUUCCCAUUCGCCGUUGGGGCGUUUACCAUCGAGAAUGUCCCGUUUCUGCGAUCCAUCAGCAUCGCCGUAAUUCGAAAUGCGGCUGCGAAGGGACUCGGCGAUGAAUGGGUCGUCAGUACCAUCUUGGCUUGCUGGAUAGUCGCCUCCUUCUUAACCGCGGCUACGUUCUAUGUCUUAGGGGCCAUGAGGCUUGGUCGCGUUGCCGAUUACAUACCCCACACGGUGCUUCUCGGCUGCAUUGGUGGAAUGGGGCUUUUUAUGGUGACAGCUGCAAUCGGUGUCACCGCAAACUGCGAAUGGGAAUGGACUGCUGACACGUUGGCGACAGUCCUCUCUGCUUCUGCUUUUCCGCGAGUUUGUCUUACUCUAAUAGUUGAAGCUAUUCUGAUUGUUGCCGAGGUUAAGUACUCAAGUCCCACAUUCACGCCAAUAUUCCUCUUGGCGUUUCCCGUGCUUUUGUACGUUUUCCUGUUCGUUUUCGGAAUCCCGGUUGAUGCAGCGAGGCGUGCUGGGUGGAUUUUCGAUGGUCCAACCCUGCCUUCGCCGGCUUCUGAGGGGGAUCAGAUAGCUGGACUGUUGGUUGCCGAUGGUAGUGCGUCUGUCCUCAGCGGUCUUGGGGCCUCCACCUCGCUGCUGGGAGACGCAGGAGGCCACACAGCGAAGACAACUGGACUGGCGGAUUUGGGUGCGGCACGAUUGAUUGUUCGGGAGACGCCUCAAAACAACCCAGAUCUGAGUAUCUACUCUCACUUCUCCAUCAGAGCCGUGGAUUGGCGCUGUGUGGCAUCGCAGAUGCCUUCGGUUGUUGCAAUCAUUGUUUUUUCUGUGCUUCAUGCGCCCAUCAACGUCCCUUCCCUCUCCCUCACAACAGGUGUCCCGUCCAGUCUAGAUUACGAACUAAAAGUUCAUGCUCUUGCGAGUCUAGCCGCGGCUGUCACUGGUGGAUUGCAGUGUUACAUGACAUAUUCUACUUCCACGCUGUUUUGGAAAUGUGGCGUUAGAGAGCAUGCGGCAUCUCUCUUGGUAGGGGUUGGAACAGCUGCCUUGAUGUUUGUUGUACCGCCCACUGUGAUUCUAACCUACUUUCCGCGGCCUGCUGCGGCUGUGUUCAUGUUGCACGUGGGCGUCGUCCUAGUGAACGACGGUCUGAUUGCGAGCUUGAGCAUUGUCUCCUUCGCUGAAUAUAUUGUGAUUAUUUUUACCGCCGCGUUUAUGCAGAUCGCCUUUACCGACGGCCUCCUUGUUGGUCUUCUUCUUGCAGCGGCUCUCAAGUUGUGUCAGAUUAUCGUUGGCGCCAUGAGACACCGAGGAUGGGUUUCAUGA